AUGGGUCAGGAAAUCUGCACCGAUGAUGGGUUUUUGGACGUCGGCCAAAAGAAAGAUCCACUUGAACGCACGUCGCAAUCCAAGGUCAAGUGUGAGGGAACGUUCGCCGUAUGUAGCGAUGCGGGUACCGUUGGCGGCUUACCAAUGGAUCCAUCGAAGUUACGUCAUUUUCGUGGGCCGAUCGCUGCUAAAGGUGUCAUUAUUGGCAUAAUUGGGGCAGCAAUGCUCACCUACGUCACCGUCAGUUAUCACAGCUACUUUAGAAGAAAGCCCUUCAAGGCAUUCGCCAGCAUCAAAACUAGGUUACGUGUGCUUAACUGGCAAGCAAAAUUGGACGAAUCAUCAUCUGGUGGCCCUGACCAAACCAUCGGUCAAACAGCGACCUACCAUCCGACUGGAGCUUGUCAAGCUAAUUAC